AGGAGGUGGAGGAGGCUUUGGCAGCUGUAUGAUAUAAUACACCAGGCUGGUCAUGUUGUGUAAUUUCACAAUAUCUGCACCAUCAACAUGCCUGUAGAAGGCAGAGAGGACCAAGAGCGUCCUCCUCUCUCCAGCCCGGCCAGCGCCGCCCUCACCCCGGGAGGGAUGGAGGAGGACGGGACCACAGGGGGCUCAGCAGUCGGUGCUUUCCCGGACAGCAGUCAGGGGUCUGAGGCUGCUGCAGCCUACCCUGCCAACACUGGACCUGAGGAGAGCGGCAUAGCUGGUAAAAGGCCUGGAGCCUUGCUGCAUAUCGACCGACUCCGCAUCCAAGCAGCAUCUGCCAGUUCUGGAGCUGAUGAACUGCAGGGCCUCGGUGUGGCUGUGUAUGAUCAGGAUGUCCUCGAACAAGGUGUCCUGCAGCAGGUGGAUGAGGCCAUCCAGGAGGCCAGUCAGGCUGCUGCCAAAGCUGAGGCUGAGAAGGAGUACCAGUCUGUCCUGGAUGAUGUUAGGUCAGUUACAGCAUCGCUCAAACAUAUCAACAAGAUAAUCGAGCAGCUAACUCCCUACGCAGCUUCCAGCAAAGACAUCAGUAGGAAGAUCGAAUCUGUCAAACGGCAGAAAGAAAACAAGGAGAAACAGCUAAAAAAAGUCAGAGCCAAGCAGAAACGACUUCAAGCCAUCCUGGGAGGAGAGGAUGUUCAGAGGGUGGAAGCUGAGCUCAUGGCUGAAGAUGAUGAAGAAGAAGCUGGUCCUUCCACUCUGGGCAGCAUGCUCAUGCCAGUGCAGGAGACAGAAUGGGAGGAACUUAUCCGUAAAGGUCACAUGACUCCAUUUGGUACUCGAAUCCAGCAAAAAGAGGAGAAGAAGGGGCCUCGGAAAUUGAUGCUUGCGGAGAACUCUGCCUUUGACGAGUAUCUGGCCGACCAGGCCAAGCUGGCGACUGAGAGGAAGCGAGUCCCUCUCCUGAAGAAGAAGAGAAUCUCUGGGCAGAGCCCCGACGCGAAGGCCAGAGGGACAUCUAAAGGAAGGGUUUCCUCCUCCAAGGAUAAGAAACUGAAGAAGCGCAUGCGGAAACUGCAGAUUACUGCUCUGAAGGCUCAUCCUAAAGCUCGACCCAAGUCUGAGCCUCAGCAGUCCAAGUUGAGGAGGAAAAGACAAGUUGACGGAGAGGACACCGACAGCGACGGGUCAGAGUUCGUGCCCAGUGACGAAUUGAUCGAUUAUGAGCAGGAAGAGAGAGAAGCCAUGGAGGAGGGGUUUGGGGAGGAUGGCGAUGAGGAAGAGUAUGAAUUGAAACCAUUCAAGAGAAAAACCGAGGGGCGAGGGAGGAAGAAAGUAAAGCAUAAAGACAGCGAGGAAGAAUACUGCCCCGAAAGUUCAGACGAGGAGGAUGACGACAAGGGCAAAGGCAAAAAGUGCAAAGACGAUGGAGAUGUGGAGUACUACAGGCAGCGGAUAAGGAGAUGGAAGCGGCAGCGUCUCCGAGAAAGGGAGGAGAGGAGGGAAAGAGGCGAGGAGCUGACAGACGACAGCGAUGCUGAAUUUGACGAAGGCUUCAAGGUUCCUGGUUUUCUCUGGAAAAAACUUUACAAGUACCAGCAGACAGGUGUGCGGUGGAUGUGGGAACUCCACUGUCAGCAGGCGGGAGGCAUCCUGGGAGACGAGAUGGGACUGGGUAAAACCAUCCAGGUCAUCAGCUUUCUCGCCGGACUGAGCUACAGCAAGCUGAGAACGAGAGGGUCCAACUACAGGUACGCCGGCCUGGGCCCGACGGUCAUCGUGUGCCCGGCUACAGUCAUGCACCAGUGGGUGAAGGAGUUCCACACCUGGUGGCCUCCGUUCAGAGUGGCAGUGCUGCACGAAACCGGCUCCUUCACCAGCAACAAGGAAAAAUUGGUGCCAGAAAUAGCCUCGUGCCAUGGCAUCCUGAUCACCUCGUAUUCAGCCGUUAGGAAUAUGCAAGACAUCCUGCAGCGCUACGACUGGCACUACAUCAUACUGGAUGAAGGCCAUAAGAUCAGAAACCCAAACGCUGGAGUUACGACUGCCUGCAAGCAGUUUCGCACUCCUCACAGGUUCAUCCUGUCAGGUUCACCGAUGCAGAAUAAUUUGAAGGAGCUCUGGUCUCUGUUUGACUUCGUCUUCCCUGGCAAACUGGGGACCCUGCCUGUCUUCAUGGAGCAGUUCUCUGUGCCCAUUACCAUGGGAGGAUACAGCAAUGCCUCGCCCGUACAGGUGCAGACGGCGUUUAAGUGUGCGUGUGUGCUGAGGGACACAAUAAAUCCUUACCUGCUCAGAAGAAUGAAGGCAGACGUCAAGGCCAACCUCUGCUUACCUGACAAAAACGAGCAGGUUCUCUUUUGCAGAUUAACAGAAGACCAGCGUCAGGUGUACCAGAGCUUCUUAGAUUCCAAAGAGGUCUACCAGAUUUUAAAUGGAGACAUGCAGGUUUUCUCCGGUCUGAUAGCACUGCGGAAGAUCUGCAACCACCCAGACCUUUUCUCCGGCGGGCCCCGGAUGCUGAGGGGGAUCCCAGAGGACCAGCUCACCGAGGAGGAACACUUUGGCUUCUGGAAACGCUCGGGCAAACUGAUCGUGGUGGAGUCGCUGCUGCGCCUCUGGUUCAAACAGGGACACAGGGUCCUGCUCUUCACUCAGUCCAGACAGAUGCUGGACAUCUUGGAGGUGUUUGUAACGGAGAAUAACUACUCCUACCUGAAGAUGGACGGCACGACCACGAUAGGUUCCCGACAGCCGCUCAUCGCUCGCUACAACGAGGACAAAUCCAUUUUUAUUUUCUUGUUGACCACUAAAGUCGGAGGACUGGGAGUCAAUCUGACUGGAGCCAACCGAGUCAUCAUUUAUGACCCUGACUGGAACCCCAGCACCGACACACAGGCGCGAGAGCGAGCGUGGAGGAUCGGGCAGAAACAGCAAGUGACCAUUUAUCGACUGCUGACUGCAGGGACCAUUGAAGAGAAAAUCUACCACAGGCAGAUCUUCAAGCAGUUCCUUACCAAUCGCGUUCUAAAGGAUCCAAAGCAACGACGGUUCUUCAAGUCCAAUGACAUUUAUGAGCUUUUCACUCUGUCUGAUCCCGACGGAGCUCAGGGAACAGAGACCAGCGCCAUAUUUGCAGGAACGGGCUCUGAUGUAAAAGCACCCAAGAAACCAAACAGACCGAGACCAUCGCCGGCAGCAAACCACGGCAGUCAAGAACUUAAACACUCCUUAGCAAACCGGAAUGAAACGCUCGCAGUCGGAGGACCUUCCUCGACAGAUAUUCCAGGCCUGGAAGCUUCUCAGGGCAAAGCAGUGAACAGGCCCAGCGCUAACCAAAACGGCAUUGAUACAGUCGCAAACAAUUCAGCCAACACACAGCGCGCGGGACAGAAUAACAACAGAGACUGGGACGCAGCCAAGCCGGCAAUCGAUGAUUCAAACUCACCCGGCUAUCACCGGCACAGAGAGGCGAGCUCUGCCCUGACUAGUCCACAGAAACACAGAGAGAAGAGGAAGCACUGUGACUCCGCCGCCGCGGAUAAACACAAGCGCAAAAAGCGCAAACACUCCCGGGACGCUCGGUUCGAAGGCCAGCGCAUCUCUCAUUUGGUGAAGAAAAGGACCUUUAAGAAGGGAGACGACGAAGACAACGGAACCGGCAUCCAGAAGAAAUCUGAUGAUUACGUUUUGGCAAAACUCUUCAAGAAAUCUGGUAUCCACAGUGUGAUGCAGCAUGACACCAUUAUGGAGUCGUCCAACCCCGAUUACGUUCUAGUGGAGGCGGAGGCCAACAGGGUGGCCAAAGACGCCCUCAAAGCUCUGAAGGUGUCUCGGCAGCAGUGCAGGCUGCCCUACAAUAGAGCUCCGCCUCCGCCAGCACGAAAACGUUUUGGGCAAAAGAAGAAUUCACUUUUAGAAGCGCCUUCUGUUGAAAGUUCCCCCAUAUCCAACAAAUGCAAGGAUGCUGCUAUUGUAAAGAAAUCCUUGUCAAAGAAACCUGGUUCAGGAGCACAUUUCAGUGGGGAGGUGGAAGAAAGUGACUCAAACUCCGCCCCGCUGUCAUCGUCCUCGCUGCUGGCCAAGAUGAAAGCUCGUAAUCACCUCAACAUCCCCUCAAGGCGCCGGGAAGAACCGGAGGAGGAGGAGGAGGAGGAGGAGGAGGAGGAGGAUAAUGGCUCCACAGCUUCAGGAAGGAGCCUCCCCAACGCUCCGCCCACCGAGCACGACGAGCUUUUAGUCGAUCUGCGCAACUUCGUCGCCUUCCAGGCGAACGUGGACGGGCAGGCCACCACUCAGGAGGUGCUGGAGUACUUCAAGCCCAGGCUCACCCAGCAGCAGGCGCCCGUCUUCAGAGAGCUGCUCAGGAGCAUCUGUGAGUUCCACCGGACCAACGGCCAGGAGGGCAUCUGGAGACUGAAGCAGAGCUUUCGCUGACCGAAGCGCCGCCUCACAAUGUCUGAUCUGCAAUAUCUUUUUCAUCUCUCAGACUUUACCUCUCGUUUUCUUCUGUCAACCUGAUCCGUUUAACCAAUAGAAGUAGAAUCAAAAUCAUUCGUUAACGGUUGUUUAUGAAGGGGCCAUAUAAACCAUUAUGUGGUCAAAUUUAAUGAUUAUGACUUGUCUGUCUUGGUAGUGAAUUCCAGCUCACUGUCUGAUUUCUUUCAGCUGCAUUGUGACUGUCUGAUAUUUAUGCUUCUUUGUUCUGAUCUUUUGUUUCUGCUCACUGCUCUCUGUACCUGGUUAAACUUGAAUUCUGUCUAUUUACACGAAUAUUGGAUCUACCUGACCUCCAGUAACAAGAUACGUUCUCGGUGUGUUGUCACAGCUUCUCUUGUCUCAUAUUUUGUACAAUGUUUCUAUAAAUGUUGAAGCAGCAGACAUGUACACUGUAAAUAAGAAGUUACCACUUUUUGGUGGUUUUUGUAAUAACUGACUUGCCUGUGAGUUGUACUGAGGGUGGAAAUAAAGUGAAAUACACUCACUCACUGCUUUCAUUGUCAAAAAAAUAAUAAAAAGGAAAAACUGUGAACCUAAAAAUUUUAUAUGAAUAUAUUAAAAUAAUGCAUUGAUUACUGCUUUAUU